UCCCGCCAACUUCUCCCUCGCUCUGCAUGUGUGUGUGCAUGGCCAUCUCCCUCAUACAUAUAUAUAAACUCGAUCCUGCUCUGGCCUUGCCGAUUCUUAACUUGCAGCUGCUCGUAGAGAUAAUAAGUUAAUAACGCACGGAAGAUUAUUGCUCAGCGAUCCUUCCUCCUCCACCAUAAUUAACCUGCUCGAUCGUGCCUCAUCUCCGGGCCAUGGCCGCGCACCGGGAGCUGCUCCUCCUCCUCCUCCUCCUCGCCGCCGCGGUCAUCGCGGCGCUGGCCGCCGUCGCGUCCGCCGACGACGCCAAGCCGACCAUCCUAACCCCCGUGGCGCAGACCCCGCUGGGCUCCUUCGACGGUGACACGCCGGCCUCCGACAACGACUCCGUGGAAGACGACGACGACGCUGCGCCCGUAGGUGCGCCCACCGGCGCCACCAUGACCGAGCCCAAGCCUGAGCUCCCCUCCCCGCCCGGCACCGAAGCUACCGCGGGUGGCGCCGCUGCCAGCGGCGCGGCCGCCGACCUCGGGGUGCUGGCGGCCCGCGUGGGCGCCGUCGCGGCCGUCGCCGCAGGAGUCUUCGCCUUCUGA